UUCCCAGUUCUUCAAGGUACAUCGAGCCCCUCCUUCCCUCCCGAGACUCCUCCUCCCAAAGUAGGCCACGCCCCCUCCCCUGACCCACCUCCCCACACUUGGGUUUACUCCUCCUUAGACCCCAGCGCUGGAAGCCUUAUAGGUAUGUUUUUAAUUAGGCGGCAUCUCCACUCCCUCAUCAAUACAGCAGAACUACUGAAGAUCAUUUGUGCUUCGGGACCCCCCAGUUUUUCUGCUUCUGCUAAAAUGCCCAAGACAUUCAAAAAUGCAAAACGAAUUGAAGGACUUGAUAGUAAUUUGUGGGUGGAAUUUACUAAGCUCUGCGCAGACCCCUCUGUUGUGAAUCUUGGCCAAGGCCUGCCAGAUAUCCCCCUUCCUCUCUAUGUGAAGGAAGAGUUAUCAAAGGUGGCCGCCAUUGACCGACUGAAUCAGUACACUCGGAGCUUUGGACAUCCAGCACUGGUGGAAGUUUUGUCUUCUCUAUAUGGAAAGAUUUAUGAAAGGCAUAUUGAUCCACUGAAAGAAAUAAUAGUCACAGUGGGAGGAUAUGGAUCUCUUUUUAAUGCUAUACAAGGAUUCAUUGACAAAGACGAUGAAGUGAUUAUCAUCGAGCCUUUCUAUGACUGCUAUGAGCCCAUGGUGAAAAUGGCAGGAGCGACCCCUGUCUUUAUCCCCUUACACUAUAAACCUAUUAAGGGAAAUGAAAGUUCCAGUGCCUCAUGGACGUUAGAUAUUGAUGAGCUGGGAAGUAAAUUUAGUUCAAAAACCAAAGCUAUUAUAAUAAAUACUCCGCAUAAUCCCAUCGGCAAGGUGUAUUCCAGAAAAGAACUUCAGUCCAUCGCUGAGCUUUGUAUUAAACAUGAUGUCAUUUGCAUCAGUGAUGAGGUUUAUGAAUGGCUGGUGUACACUGGAAAUAAGCAUAUAAAAAUAGCUACUUUGCCAGGUAUGUGGGAAAGAACAAUCACUAUAGGAAGUGCUGGAAAGACCUUCAGUGUGACUGGAUGGAAGAUUGGUUGGUCUAUUGGUCCCGAGACUCUCAUAAGACACAUGCAGACUGUGCAACAGAACACCAUUUACACAUGUGCAACUCCUUUACAGGAGGCUUUGGCUCGAGCUUUUGGGGUUACCCUUAAACACAUGGACGGGCCAGACUGCUACUUCAGAACUCUGCCCCGGGAGCUGGAAGCGAAGCGGGAUCGGCUGACCGGGUUACUGAGCAGUGCCGGCCUGAAACCCACAGUCCCGGAGGGGGGAUACUUCGUCAUUGCCGACGUCUCCUCACUGAAUGCAGACCUCUCUGAUAUGAAUGAAGAUGAAAAUUAUGACUACAAGUUUGUGAAAUGGAUGACUAAAAAUAAGAAAUUGUCAGCCAUUCCCGUUUCCGCAUUCUGUAGCUCCAGCAACAAAGAAAAGUUUGAGAAAUUUGUACGGUUUUGCUUCAUUAAACAAGACAGUACCCUGGAUGCUGCAGAGAAGAUCAUCAAGGCCUGGGCAAAGGGAUCCUAAUUUUUGCUAAUGUUCAUGUGGCUUUUGUUGAUUUAAAAAAAUGAAGUUGCUGCCACCUACUGGAUAUUGAAAAACAAAUCUUUUAGUACAAAUAAUAUACCUUAUUGGAUGUUUUAAGGCAGUCAUGUAAUGUGGGGACUUUCAAAGAAAAUUAGUAGAAAUAAACAAAAAAUAUUGACACUGAAUGUAGGAAGAAAAUCAAAAGAACUGAUAAUUGCUGCAUUUCAUUAUUCCAGACAAAUCUUGGAAGAGAAGUGUUAAGAGAGUUUUUAUUUCCCCUUUUUUAUAUUUAAGAGAAAAAGGAACAAUAAUAUUUUUCAGGAAGAGACCCCCUGCUGUGCCUUUUGUCAAUUAGCCACAGUUAGAAGGGUGUGGCUGAAGAGAGCUAGUCAGUUGCAGAGAGUGCAAAAGGCUUUUUCUCUCUGAGUCUCCUGGGGAGAGGGUAUGCUGCUAGCACUCUCUGGUUAGAGACAGAGAACAGAAUUAAGGCCUUAAUAGCCUUAUUAUUCAUUAAUAACCUGGGUAGAUAAGGUAGAUAGAUAGUGCUUAUAGGAUUAGAUAGUGAGAGUAAGAGAAUAGGCGAGUGCUUCAGCCUAGCAGAAGAUACAGCCCUCUGAGGCAGAUGGAUUUAGGGUGUUUUAGAGAAAUUUAGUUAGGUUUGGGAUGUGGGGUAUACAAGCUAUUGUGAGAUUACUUUCACUUUCCUCCUUCCUAUUUCCUAUCCAUAUUUCCUAAUAAUAAACUAAGUGUUUUGCAUUUAACAAA